AUGAAAGAUUUUAUUGAAGAAUUUACUCUAACAAUAGACACAAAAUCGAAUGAAUUAGGUAAACUUUAUGAGGAGUUAGGACUGGAUGUGGUGUAUGAUACACAUUCUAUAAAGGUGUGUAGUUCAUCAUUAGCUAGGAUUAUUUCUAUUAAUGAAGGUAUACAUGUUCACACUCUUAUUUCUGGAAGUGAAGAUAAAGUAAUUUAUGAUACACUUGGUAAUAAAGUUAUAGUGACAUUUUUAAGAUCUAAAUCUUUAAUAUCAGUAGGGAUAAUAACAAGUGGGGGAGAUGCACCUGGCAUGAAUAGUGCUAUAAGGGCUAUUGUACGAAUUUGUCUUAAAUCAGGAGGGAGUGUUUAUGGUGUGUAUAGAGGAUUUGAUGGGUUGAUAAAUGAUUAUAUUUGUAAAUUAGGAUGGGAUACAGAGACACAUAAUAGUAAUGAGGGAGGAACAGUACUUCUAAGUUUUAGAAGUAAAGAGUUUUACAAAAGAGAAGGUAGAAAAAGGGCAGUGUUUAAUUUAAUUAAAAGAGGUAUUAAUAGUCUUAUAGUAUUAGGAGGGGAUGGAAGUUUAAAAGGUGCAUUAAUAUUAAAAAAUGAAUGGAGAGAAUUAUUUAGGGAAUUACUUGAAGAAGGUAAACUUGAUUUUUUAAAAGAUAAUAAUAAAGAAGUAGAUAAUAAAUAUAUAAAUGAUAAAGAAGUAAAUGAUGUAUAUAUAAAUGAUAAAGAAGUAGAUAAUAAAUAUAUAAAUAAUAAAGAAGACAAUAAUAAAGAAGUAAAUGAUAAAGAAGUAAAUGAUAAAUAUAUAUAUGACAUAAUAAUCAUAGGAAUACCUGCUUCAAUAGAUAAUGAUAUUUCUUUAUGUGAUUUUACAUUAGGAUGUGACACUGCCCUAAAUAGAGUAGUAGAGUCUAUAGAUCAUCUUUCUAGUACAAUGAAAUCACAUCAAAGAGUAUUUGUUAUUGAAGUUAUGGGUAGGAAGUGUGGAUGGUUAAGUCUUAUGGCUGCAUAUUCAUGCUUGGCUGAUUAUCUUCUUAUUCCUGAAGAUCCUCCUUUAGAUUGGAGAAAGGAAGUGUUAGGACAUAUUGAAUAUGGAAGAAAACACGGUAAACCUGGUAUAUUCAUAAUAGUAUCAGAAGGAGCACUAGAUAGAAAAGGAAAUCAAAUAGAUCCAUCAGAAAUGGUAGAUUAUAUUAAGAAACAGAAUAUAGAUGUAAGAUUAUUAAAACUUGGUCAUGUACAAAGAGGGGGACCUACUUCUGCAUCAGACAGGAUUUUAGGUACACUCUCUGGUAUUAGAGCUUUUAAAGAAAUAGAAAAAUCAAUAAAAAAUAAAUCUAAUACUAGUAAAAUAGUAAUAUCAUCUAAUGGAGAUAUUAUUACUAAAGACUUAACAGAAGUUAUUAACCAAAAUGACAUAGUAAAAGGAUAUGAAAAUAAUUAUGAUUUUAAAUCUAUUUUAAAAUGUAGAGGAGAUCUUUUCAGAACUUCUUUAUCUUUCUAUCUGUGUAUUUUACAGAAUAAAAGGCAGAGUAAAGCCAGGUGUUUAGAAGAUUUAAACCUUAGAGUACUAGUAAAUAAUAAUAUAGAACUACAGAAUAAAUAUAUAAAUGAGAAUACAAGUAUAUCUAAUAGUACUGUAUUUAAUUAUAGAAUAGGAAUAUUACAAUGUGGUAAAAGAUCAUCAGGUAUGAAUACUGCACUUAAUAGUGUUAUACAGUACUGUUAUGCUUGUAAUAUAGAGCCUAUGUGUAUAUGUAAUGGAUUAGAAGGGUUUAUGAAUGACAGCCUUUUUAAACCUGAAAUGUAUGAAUUUGGUAAUGAGUUUAAUAAUGGAGGGACAAUAUUAGGACUGGGAGUGGCAGAGUGUGAUAUAAAGAAACAGAUGAAAAAACAUAAUUUAAAAGGACUUAUUAUUAUUGGUGAUGAAGAUUCACUAGAAGUGUUAUAUGAAUUUAAAAGUAUAAUUAAGAGAAGGAAGUGUAUUGAAAAUAAUUUGGUUAAAUCAUAUAAAGAUAAUUCUAACACUAUUGAAUCUAAUACUAUUGAUACAUGUGAGGAAGAUAUAAUAAAAGAUAAUACAACUUAUUCAAGAUUAAAUACAAAUGAAGAUAUUAUAAAUAAUGUAGAAGACAAUCUUUCUAUAAUUUUAAUACCUUCCUCUUCUAUAAAUAAUAUCCCUAUGACAGAUUAUUCUAUAGGCUCUGACACAGCACUAAAUACAAUCUUAAAAGUUUCUGAUUGUGCAAAGUUAAGUUCACUGUCUCUUAGAAGAAAUGUCUUUGUUCUAGAAAUAGCAGGUGUGUGUGGAUAUCUUACUUGUAUGAGUGCAAUAGCAGCAUGUGCUUUUGAUUGUUUUAUACCAGAAAGGAAAUAUUUAAUAAGCCAUUUAUCAGAGACUGCACACAGGCUUAGACAGAAAUUUAAGGAUGAUAAAAGAACUAGUACAAUAAUAUUUAGAAAUGAAAAGACUUUCUGUUCUAUCUCUACAGAAUCUUUCUGUAAAGUGUUAGAGACAGAUGGAUUAUGUCUAUUUGAUACUGAUUAUGGUGUAUUAGGUAGAUUACAAGAAGGACUUAAUCCUUCUCCUAUGGAUAGAAUUAAUGCAUCAUUGCUAGGAUUUAAAGCAGUAGAUUCUUGUAAAGAAAAUAAUAUUGGAGUAGUGGGAAUACAAGGGAAUCAAGUGGUAUUUACAGAUAUAGAUAAAUGUAUGGAUAAUUAUGAUAAUAUAAAAAAGAGAGUGAAAGAUCCUAAAUGGUUUAAAUUUAGUAAUGUAUGUAAGUUGUUAGAGUAA